AUGGAAGACGGAGAACCUUCAAAUACAGGCAUGGAAGAUGGAGAAGCUUCAAAUAACCUUUCGGAAAAACUACCAAAAAGAGUCCUUGGCGAUGGUUGCUAUCCCGUUGGUGCUCGGUUGAACAUAUAUUCAAAGGCCAAUGUAAUUGGCCUCCUUGUCGAGGCGUUAAAGGGUACUGAAGAUCUUGAGAAGCUACUUCAUUCCCAGUUUGGGAAGUUAUUCCAUCUACCUGUUGCAAGAUGUUGCAACAGCGCCAAACUUGUCCAUGCCCUUCUAUCACGACAACUUGUGACCACGAAGAAACACGAGAUUUGGUUCCUCUUUGGUGGACAGCCUCUGAGAUAUUCGAUACGGGAGUUCAAGGAAAUCACUGGAUUGAAUUGCAAUCCCGAACCUGAUAGCACAGAAGAAGAAGAAGAAGAAGUCGGAAAAACAGGAAUCUGGAAAGACCUGUUCGGAAGAGCGACUGCUAUGAACGUCAAAAAUCUGGCCCUCACCGAGAAAUACGUUGAGAUGUUGACUGACUUGGAUAGGUUCAUGUUGUAUCCAUGGGGGAGGGUAUCCUUUAACAAAACAGUAUCUCGUUUUCAAGCUCCAAAGGCAAUCACGGAUUCCGAGAAAAGGGAGAAUCCUGUAACACGAUUGCGACGUCAACUUAAACAGAAAACCAGUGCAUGCUAUGGAUUCCCUCUAUCACUACAACUCAUGGCCCUCCAAUCUAUACCAAUGUUGGUUUCCAAAAUUCCUCAACCUGAUAACUUGAAGACAUUCCUUGAAGAUCCCGAAGGCUGUCAAAACGUUAUCACACUGUUGCAUCUUGGGGACAUACAUGCCAUGGAAUCCGACCCUCUGUUGUCUGUGAAACAGAUGGUAGUGGAUGAUGGUGAGAAUGACCAACAGAAUGAAUUGCGUUGGGGAGAUGAGGUAGAGGAUGCCGAAGUUGCAUUCAUGCAGGAACUCAUGGCCGAGGGGUACAAAUUCACACCUUCGGAUUUUGCAGUGGCACCGGCACCUAUCGUGGAUAUCAGUGAUGCAGAGGACGAGAGGAAGAGAGGCAGGGGCAAGAACUCUUCUAAUCUAUCGGAAGAUGAAACACCUGAAAGUGGACAGAUUAAAGAUCCUAAAAGAUGGAUAGUACUUCAGAAUACUUUGCUCCUUCGUGAGAUUAAGACCGAGUUGGACAAGAGAUUGGGCGUAUACCAAGAGGACGAAGAAGAUGACGAUAAUACAAAAAAAGAUGGUGAAAAACCGGAUGAAGAUGAAGACGAAGCCGAAGAUGGAGGGGCACAGUCUAGCGUACGCCAUAAUGAUGGUGUACACCCCGAAGAUGGUGUACACCAGAAAGAAAGAGAUGAUGAAGAAGGGACCUCUACUUACUACGGUGGGGACCAUUAUUCUCCCAGGGACCAUGCGUACUUGAAGACUCCAGAAGCUCCGACGAUGACCCCUGAACCGGGACAAGCCAAUUCAGGAACAACUCGUCCACCUCCUUACUUCGUCAUUCCGGAUGAAGAUCCACCUUCUGGCCUCAACGAGGUGGAUGGUGGUAGAACAAAUUUGGUGUCAGGCCCCUUAGUAGUCUACAAACCUCAGACUCCUCACCCAUUGAGCUACGCAUAUAAGAAACAUGAAGCGCAGACAGAUGCGAAAGAUGCACAGGGUGUGGCUAAUGAGGACGACUCAAAUGCGGGGAAAGAUUACCAUACUGCGCCUGAGGAUGCAAGUGAUGCUUCGCAGAAUACCCCUUGUACUCCAAAACCCCCACAAGAAGUUGAGGGAUCAUCUGGUGUAAGGAGAACAAGUGGAGGAACAGGAAGAGGAGGAAGAGAUCGAAAGCUGCGUACAAACCACUCGAAACAGUUGACCAAGACCACUUCAAGCGACUUUUGCAUUGUCACUGGUCAUACUGUGAACAAUCAAUUCUUCCUACAAAUUGCGAAGCCUACUGAGUGGGUUAACACGAUGCACAUGCAAGUCAUAAUGGCCAUGCUUUGGAGACGUAGAGGUGAAAUAUACUUGAAAGACAGGGUAGCAUUUGUAGACACCUUGUUCAUAUCCAUCAUCGGCAACUACUACAACGAUUUCAUAUCGCGAGACAAAAAUCAGUAUGACUGGGGGAAAACCAUUCAGGGCAUUGUAUUGGGAAAACCAGCAAAGUGGGCUAAUCAGCGGCAGUGGCAAAUGUUUCUACGGUUUGUGGACGUUGUAUACGUCCCGAUGAACUGGGGGUCUGAGCAUUGGGUGGGCCUUCGUUAUUUGGAUAGCAAAUUAACGGAAGGCCUACGCACCACCCCUUACACAUGGAGUCGUUUGGAGGGCAUAUAUCAGAACAAAAGAUCCGGUGACUGUGGUCCAUGUGCGGCCAAAUUCUUAGAGAUGCAUGCUGCAGACCUUGGAGUGGAGGAUAUGGGUUUGAUAACGAACGAUGAUGUUGACAGGUUAAGGGAGAAAUACGCCAUGGACUCAUACGAAGAGUUUGUCGGGAAUCCGGCUAUUGCCAACGCUUAG